UUUUUUUAAUAAUUCAACAAUACAAUUAUUACAACCCCAAAUAAAUAUAAUUAUUUAUAGUUGGAAGUUAACUCCACUCCAUUACCAAGCAAAGCCCUAAACACUUAAACCAUGAAAUCCUAAGAUCCUAUGUACUCAACCCCAAAUUAUAAACCUUAAACGCUAAAAUUCUUUCUAAAUUCUAGAUCCCAAACCCUACAACUAAGAGGUACCUAUAAAUCCUAAAAAUCUUAAACGUGAAAUCGUAGGGCAUGUUUGGUUUGAAUGUCUGAUUUUAACUUCACUUUGAUUUUGAUUUGAAGAUGUGUUUUUCAAACAUGUGGGCCCCAUUAUUCCACUGAUCGUUCAAGCUCUAUUGACUGGUAGGACAACCCUCACCCAGCCCCCACCUGAAGCUCUUCUCCCCCCUCCUUCUUCUUGAGCGCUUCAAUCCUCCAAUGCCCCGGCCCCCCUUAGUUCUUCCUUCUUCCUCAACGAAAUCUUCGUACACGAUUCCAUCGUCAAUCUAGAAAGCCCACACAUCAGCUGGAAAGUGAAGCCGGCCCCUCCCUCCCCCCGACCGUUGCAUACCCAUGCCCGUGUCAGAGCGAGCACAGCAACCUCAACGACAGCUUCGGGCCCCUACCCUUUCCUUGUCUUUUUAAGCGGCCAUUGCGCUCCGACUGAUUGCACAGCAACAUAGCACGUAUGUGAUUUAUAAGUUGUCUGUGAGAUGGCUCCCAAGGGUGAAGGGAUAGUUGAGUGGACUGAUGAACCUGAGUGUGCUUUCAUUGACAUCAUGGUUGAUAAGUUCCAAAGGACGCACACAUCUGCUUGGAAAGGGAAGGACUGGGAAUGGAUGAAUACGGAACUUGAAGAGAAAUUUCCUGGUGUGACUCUUGGCACCGAUAAGUUGAAGACAAAAUCACGGCGGCUGAAGAUUCAGUACUGUCAGUUCACAGAGCUCAUUCAGCACACUGGAGUAGGUUGGGAUGAGCAGACCAACAUCGUCAAGGCGAGUCCUGAAAUUUGGGAUAAGUUUAUCAAGAGGCACAACAACUUCAAGGCUUUCCGAUCAAAAGGCUGCAAGCAUUAUGAAGCCCUGCAUCUAUUGUACAGAUCUGCUACAGCAACAGGUGGUCUACGAAUUUCUUCUAUUGACACACCUAAGAGCCCCCGAUCUUAUGCACGCAUGGAAGAGCAGUUUCUAGCAGGACGCAAUAGCCGUGGGAAAGAACCUAUCGAUCUUCAGGAGGGCUCCGGCGACAGUGAUGACCCGGCUCGUGAGUUUGAUGACCCUGUUGUUACAGGGUCCAGGCGUCGCAUCAGGAAGAGAGGUUCGAACAUGAACUCUCAGUUGCAGGACUUGAUCGAGCUGUACAGGGAAAGUAUGACCAAAAAGGACAAAGCCAAAAAAUCUACUCCUCCGGAGUCAAAGAAGAGCAAGUCCGUGACGAGCCUCGAGAAACCAGAGAAGCACAACAUCGAGGAAGCCAUUGAUGUGCUCAACGAAAUGCGGGGAACAAUUUCAAUGAAUGAGUAUUUUACUGGUCUUAGCCGUAUUACUGAGGAUGAGCGUUAGCGUUGUGCGUUUGUUCGCAUGUUCGAUGAAGCUCGGCGUGAAUGGUUACGCCGCCUUGUUGCAACUUGAAGGGCUGAACGCUCCUCCUCAUAUGCGUUUGUUAACUACUUGUUUGUUUUUCUUUUAAGACUCUACUUGUCAGUUUUCCCUUUCUGACUGCUUAACGAAACAUUUUUGUAUUUGCUAUGAUUGAACCUGCUUCACUAUUUGCUUUGUGUGACUCUC